CCUGGGAACAUUAAUAGGGAGGAAGAAUCGAGCGAGGUGCAACAACAAACAGCCAUCACCAUGGACAACACUCUACACUACACAUCCGUCAACCACGCCUAUCAUCUGAUUGGCUCAAUCAACCAACUGCGGAAGAAAAGCGAGCUGUGCGACAUCAUAUUGAAUUGCAGCAACACUAAAAUUCCCGCUCACAAACUCAUUCUAUCUGUAAGCUCGCCCUAUUUCAAUAGCUUGAUGAACUUACGACCCGAAAUUUCGAACAGUGUGUCAGAAAUUCAUCUCAACGGCAUAGACAGCAAUGGAGUCAUGCAGAUUAUCGAGUUCUUUUAUACAUCAGCCAUUUCCGUAACCGAGGAAAACGUGUGGUCACUUCUCCCAGCUGCCUCAUUACUACAAGCAGAAGAAAUCCAGAAUCUAUGUUGUGAUUUUUUGUCGACUCAGCUUCAGGUAGAGACAUGUCUGAGGAUACACAAAAUUGCCACCAGGUGUCUCUGUUCGGGACUGCUUUCGGAAACCACUGAGUUCAUAAAGGAAAACUUUGACAAGGUGAUUGAGGAGGAGGCCUUUCUUGAUCUUGGCGUGGAUGAACUGUUUUCGCACAUGAAGAGGAUGAAUGAGGUCGUGCUCACAGAUGAACGCAUGCUGCAAGCCUUCAAAUGCUGGAUCAUACACAGUAUCGAUGAUCGUCAGGUGUACGGACUUAAGAUUAUCAAACAAUUUCCAAAACUUGAAGAGAAACUUCUCAAUUUCAUUCCAAUGGAACUAUUGAUGGACGGAGUUGAAGAAGAAGAAUCCUCGUUGAGCUCACCCAAUCAAGUAAAUCCAAGUGCCCGAGUUCAUCACCAUGGCAACGACCUCAGGACCAACAGCCCCUUGGAAGGAUCACCGGCAAAAGGAGCAGACAACUCUCGAGUCACAGAGAGCAUGGAAGAGGACGGCCAUAUGUGCUUUGAAUGUGCUGAGGUCUUUGACACAAAAAAUGAAUUGGACAAUCAUGUUAAAACUCACAAGUUGUUUGGCCAAUCGGCAGGAGUGGAUGAUAGUAUGGCAAGUGAGGGUCAGAAUAACUCAACAAUCAACAGCAGUACCAGUCCCAAUCCUGUCGGCAGCUCUGCCAGUUUUGCUGAAGAUGUUCAAAACCGAAACUUUGCGAAAUCAUUAAGUUCCCUUUAUUUUGAUUCCAACUCGACGACGACCACUAGUUCUCUGUUUGAUGAUUAUAUGCGAUCCCGUGGGUUGGACGGGCCAGAAUUUGGUGUGACGGCACAGAGUACUCCCAAACCCAACUAUACUAGCUUGCUCAAAACACACCAACUGACCAUCACUGCUACCAACUCAAAGGAGGAAGGCUCGCAGCUCAACUUUAUCUGUCCGGUGUGUGGCAAAACUUACGAUGACCAGGAGACACUUGGGAAGCACUUGGAGAGUCACACGGGUUUUGAUUGCAAAGUUUGUGGGAAAUCCUACACCACCAAGUCCAACCUGCAAACUCACAUGAGAAAACACAACGGAGAUAAGCCGUACAACUGCACUUACUGUGAUAAGUGUUUCACCAGUCUAUGUGUGCUCAAAGUACACCUCCGUACACACACAGGCGAAAAACCCUUCGUGUGUCCAACGUGCGGCGUGUCCUUCGCCAAAAAUAUCCACCUGAAGCGCCAUCUAUCGAUACACACCGGAAUCAAACCGCAUGAAUGUAAAAUAUGCAAUAAGCGCUUCAGCCGAUCGGACCACUUGAAGCGUCACGUCCAGAGCAUCCACACUCAGGACCGCCCCCACAUCUGCUCCCUGUGUGGCAAGGACUUCGUCCGCAAGUACGAGCUCAACAAACACAUGAAGCAGCUUCACUGGGGGUUCACAGUGGGAGAUGAAGGCAACGACAGCCUUGAAAACAGUUUACAUGAUUCUUUGCUCAACCCUUCUGGGGCCUCUUUGAACAGUUCAGAUGCAAUUAAUAGCAGCUUGCCUACCACUAUCAAGACGGAAGUGAUGGAUCCCAUAAGUAGCCCUGAUGCAAUCAACAAAAGCUUGCCUCUCACUAUCAAGACAGAGAUCUUAGGUUAGUCAUGUGAUACAACGGGAGUGUCUUUGGCUAGUCACAUGAUCCGAAAGGAGACAUUGAUACAUGACGAGACGAAAUCGUAAAAUGCAAAGGGGAGACAACUGUAUUUAAGGGAGAAAUUGUUAUGUUACACAGGGAAAUAUUGUUAUUUAGAUAUUGUUUUUUAAUAUUAAUUUGUAUCGUAUUUCGUAUUUGUGGCACAAGAGUUACAGAGGAAUUGUAUUUUCAUUAUGGUAAAUUAUUUGGUUUCUAACUUGUUAAUGUUGCCUAACUACCGAGGUGGACGAGACGGAGGACAUAGACUCGUGUGUAUUUAGAGAAACCUUGCCAGAUUACUGUUAAUGUAGACCGUGUGUCCGUAAAAAAGUUUUUUUUUUUUUAAUUUGAGAGAUAACAGAUACCAGGUUGUUGUUGUUGUUGUUGUUAUGAUGUUACUCAAGAAAAAUGUUAUGCCGAGUAUCAGAUAUCUAAACAGAAAACAAAAAUAUGAAAUUGUUUUUUUACGAGGAAAUUAAUUUGGUUCUAAAUUUUUCCUAAUUUUAAUUUCAUUUAAUAAAUUGAAGGGGUGUUCAACACUUAAACAUAUCAAUGUAAUUCUCUGAAAUAUGACAAAUACUCAAGAGUAGUGUAGAUAUAGACACACUGUAGUGUUGUCAUCACAACAUAACUGUUUUAAUAUCUCCUUAAAAAAAGAGUUCCAUUGUUAUUUAAAAGUGUUAAGAGUUGCAUGUGAAUGCAAGUGUGUGAAUUUGAAUAAACAAAUUAUAUAUGUUUAUUACCCGUGAACCUUUCUACAUUGUUGCUUACCCUUAUUGUAACUUGGCUGAUUAUAUUAUGAGAUUUGAUUAAGAGGUAUUAUGUUUUAUCCAAUGUGGGAAGUGUGAACUCAGCUGAUGAAUUUCAUCAAUGAAAUAUGUUCCAGUUCAAGCUUUUUAAUCUGGCGCUGCACCAGUGUUCUCCCUGUGACUUCGGUAAAACAAUGUAUUUGCAUAAUUAAUUUGCCGGUACCCAGUUUAGACCUAAACAAUGACAAAAAAAAAAAAAAAAUGGUCGUUAGCCUGAUCUGGCCGACUUAUUAAUCUAAAGAAAAAAACUUUUCAACUCCUAUUUUUCAAAUUUACUCAGGUGUAUUUUUUUUCUUUUUUUCUUUCUCAAAUUCAGUACAAUAUUCGUCAUUGCUGGGAGCCAUGGGAGAAAACACUGUUUUGAGCCCAUGUGUUAAUGAGUGAAGUAGUGAUGAAGUAGGAAGGUACUGGGUACUAAAUGUUAUGUAUAUAUGUGGAUUUAGUGAAGAUGCAGGGCCUCUGUUUAUACUAUUGAGAGGUUCACUCUGAAAAGUUCGUCGGUACUAUUAAGGAAAGUGUUAUGUUGACUGUAGUUAAGGUUAUCGUUCUCCAUUUCAUUCCAGAGUAGAAUACAAAUUAUUGUUAAUAAGUUUGAAUUAUUGAGAUUGUUUUUGUUUAUAUAGUUAGGUAUUUCUGUUUGCAUUCCAUUAUUUAUAUUUUAUAAAUCAUUUAUUUCUAGACUUCUGAAAUUUAUUCUUGAGAAAUUAAAAUUUAAUAAUUUAUUAAUGAGAGUCAAUUAUUUUAUGUUUUAAUUUAUUUUUUGUCGAAAGAAAAGUUUUCUUUCGAUUUAUAUUUUAAUAUCACUACACUGUAUAUCCUAACAUUGCAACGAAACAAUUGUUGAUAAUCAAAGAGUGUGCUGUUGUUAUGGACCACACCGGUUGCUAUGGUUUCAUGUAUUUGUUUUUGAUGGUGAUACAUUUGUUGUAUUAACAAGGAAUGUUACUAUAAAUAGAUUGUUACAAUAUACCACAGAAUAUAGGGGUGUAAUUGAGUGCACUCAGUUUGGAUCACACAAUUGUUUUUCUACGUUUGAUUAUAGUUAACCCUCAUUUUACUGCCACCAUUUUAUUUUUCCAGAUUAGUUUUGACAUUAUAAAGGGGAUUGACAUUAAAUUAAGGGAAAAUGCAUAAAGAAAACGAGAAAAAUUUAAGUAUAUUGACAGUAAACAAGGUGACAAAUGAAAUAAGGGGCGUUAUAUCGAGGUUUUACUGUGCAUUUUAUCAAUUUAUUUCACAGGCUUUUGUCUACCUAAUGGGCUAAACACUGUAAUUUAAAGGUGUUUAUUUUCAUAAAAUAAAAUAAGACUAGACUUUUAGGAAUUUUGUGUUAGUUAUAUAAUUUUUUUGAUAAAAUUUAUACAUGCAUUCUACUAAAUAAUUAACGGGCAAAAAACUCUUCAAAAAAUUCUUACAAUUCAGGAUUUUGGUGAAUAUUUUAAUUGUUAUGUAAUGUCAUUUUGACCGUGAUAUGAAAAGUGAUCCAUUCCGAGUACCCACACCUGGUGAGACUGUUAAUUGUUACAAGGUGGUGGUUUUAUCCUGAGGAGGAUUGGGAUGUUUUCGUUGUAAUUCUGCAUUCCACUUCUAGAUUACUUGUUACCACAGUUUUACAUGUUUAUUUUUAUCUUUAUUUUAUUUCACCUUAUGUGAAACGUCAUUUAAUAUCAAAUGUAAUCUAACAGAUCAGGCUGUAGAAGUCUUGAUAUAGAGCUAAAAAGUGUCAGUCCCCAAUAAAAGAGGUCCCAUUGAACCCUGAACAAAAAGGCGUCAUUGUCCCUGGCAAAAGGGACCAUAAUGGGUCAUGUCAAAAGGAGACCCACCAUUAGCUGGAAAAAAUUGCCCUGUCAUUGACCAGAUAAAAGGGGAUCCAAAAUUGGCCCCUGACAAGGGGACCCAUCAUCAGCUCUUAACACUUUUUUCAUUUCCAAAAGUCGGUCAUAUAAUUUAUUAGCAAAGAGAGCAAGAUAGUUCUGAAUCAGUAAAAUUCAGGAAUUGGGGAGGAUAUGAUGUCAACUCAUUGACUCCCUUAAACCUAUGGUAAGGAUUUCUGAUUUUGGAAUGCAGAAUUGAUUUAACGUUACAGAGAAGUAUAUGCUUGGUAUCUUUCAGGUUAAAUAUGUGCAUUAUGAACAGAUAUUGUUAACAGUGUGAGUAUAUAGUCAGUGUAUAAUUGAUGUUCAGAUGGGUUGGCAAAAUAACUGCCACAUCAUUCUAAAUAUUUUAUAUUCAGAUGACAGUGAAGUGUGAUUUAGUCCUGUUGUAUCGGUAUUUCACCAAACCCUUAAAUGUUAACUGUGAUUGGUUAAAUCAACUCAUUCACCCCUGAAAUUUCAUAAUGAACUAUUCCAACGUUUGAACUGGAAGACUUUAAAUGUGUAUUUAGGGGUGAAAGAGUUGAGAACUGUUAUAAUUGUUAAGACAUGAUGGUGUUGAGUAUGAAUUACAUUCUCUUAGUCGAUAAAAUGGUUAUGUCUAGAUGGGAUAUUUUACUGAAAAUACCAAUAUAAUGGUCAAAUAUCUUGUGGCCCAGGGUGCCAACACAUAAUUUCUGACUUAAAGUAGGGGGUGGGCUUAUUUGUGGAUAAAAAUAGUAACAGACAUUGUAGUCAGAUUACAUCUAACAGUGUCUGGACAACAACUUUUUAGAUCAGUAUUUUUGUUGGAUUGUCUUCUCUAAGUUGGAAAUAAUUCUUCAAAUCUUCACUGGUCUGUCAUCUUUCAAUAGAGAAAGUGUAAUGUACUAUAAAGGGCCACUGUAAUGUUGAUUUAAAACCAGUAGAAACAAGUGUGAUGUAUUGUCAAAGUCCACUGUGAUGGAGGUUUAUCCAGCUGAGCAAGAAGAAAGAGUAUGGUCCUGUUGGCAAUUAUUGAAAAUAUCUCAUUCCAUUCCAUUGGAAAUGUUAUAAAAUCAUUUUACAGUAUUAUUUUCAGAACUUUUGUAAACAAAAAAGCAAAUUUAUAUGGUAUUGUUAAAAGGACAACAGAUGCCAUGUUGCUGUUACUUCCCUGUGUAUAUGUUCCAUUGUGACGUUGAUCAAUUUUAACUCUGUGCUCUGUUAAGUGUUGGUUUAUACAGAGUUACCUGAUCAUUUUUAAUAUUCGACAGGAAAUUUUAGACACAGAAAAAACCCAUUCUGUUAACAAGUUUUCAGUAUGUGAGAGUCCUUUGAUGUAUUGAUUUUGAAAAUUCAAAUUUGUCUUUGUACACUAAUCAAAACAUUUUACUUGCAUGAUUUCACAUUGUUCUUAUCAUGCUAUUAAUUGAUGUACAAGUAAUUAGUCAAGACGUCAAGAAAUCAUGCAAAACACUGAAAUGUCUGCGAUCAGUUUUAGGUACAUACCUUAGGUAUGUGUUAUGAAGGAAAGUAUAAGGUUACUUUUGAUUGGCUGUUUUGAAAUGAAGGAAUGUGUAAAGAUACUUUUGAUUGGCUGUUUUUACAUGAAGGAAAGUACAUGUAUAAGGCUACUUUUGAUUGGCGGUUUUAACAUAAAGGAAUGUAUAGGAUGAUUUUGAUUGGCUGUUAUGACAUAAUGUGAUGUUGGAAUUAUGAUUGAUGAUUUAUUUAAGAAUGAAAAAAAUAACCUGUCGUAAGGAUGGCAUGAUGAAAGCAUUUUUCUGUCAGGAAACAUAAGUGCAAGGAGAAGUAUUUAUCAUGUUCUGAAAGUGCAAGGAAUUUUCUAAUUUGAUAAAAGUAACUGUUAAAUUUGAAAAGUGCAAGACUGUUUGUGAUUGGCUGAUACGAUUUACCUUCACAGCACAAUUACAUGUACAGAUGUAUAUUGUUUGUUAUAAUAUUCAUUGUUAGAAUCACAAAAAGUAGAAUUUUGUUGUUGAAUAAUAAUACAUUCUAUUUUUCAUGGGCGAAUGUAAAAUUGGGUCGUUAUUACUAUAGAUAUAUAUAUAUAUUGUCCUAAGUUGCUGUGGCGGGGCUCGCUACAGCUGUUAUGUUGUUGUAUCUGACUUAAGUUUUUCAAGCCACAGUUCCAUGAUGUUCCUUUAGCUUAACUUGAGUGUUUUCUUAACUUAUUUUCCUUAUGGAGAAUGUCAGUUAAGAAUUGUUUUAGUUAUGAUGUUUCGUGAAAUUGGAAGUCGGUACCAUUGUUUUGUUGAUGUUACUGUGGCUGAAUGUUUCUUUCGCUAUUACUGUACAACAGUAUACAGCAUUUUCUGUCUGCAUUCCAAUUAAUUUAUACAGAGUAUCUAAUUUACAUCUUUACGUUUGUUUCCUUGAAAGUUAUCCUGCACCUAAAUGCUCAGAUAAGUAUUAGAUAUAGGUAUGUUGAAUAUGUGCACAAUAUUCAGUUAAAUAAACAUCACAAUGAGAAUUUCUUUUUGUAAUUUGUAACCAUUAUGUAUAUCAAGACAACACAGAUUUCAUAUAAACGGUAUCAUUUUUCUUGUUUGCGUUAUUUGCAAAUAUUGUCUUUCAACCCAUGUGAUAAAAGAUACUGUGUUUUGCAUAUCUUUUGUGUUUUGUGAUUUGGUGAUUGCAAAAUGUCUUAACAAAAUUUUACAAGUGUACCUGUAGUUAUGGGAUACGUACAUAAUACAAAUGAUAUCUACAGUAAUUGUGGAAAUAAAGACUUUCUGUCUAAAACAUUUUCUGGAUUUUAUGAAGUUUAAAAGAACUGGAUGAGGUACAGUUUGUUUAAGUUGUUAGAUAUUUUGUAAUUGUCAAAACAGAAUCGUGAGGUAUGGACCAAACAGUACUACUGUAUAAAUGGUCUGUUAUGAUCAUAAACAGGAGUCUGUGUAGCAACCACCAACAGCUCUGUCACACAUAUCAGGGCUGAGUCAUUUUCGUAUCUCUCAAAAUUAAGAAUCCUCGUAUCACUGACUGAUAUAGUCAUUUUCAUACCUGUUAGAAAAAGGAUCCCGUGCAUUGCGAAACUUUAUAAAAAAAACUAAGAUAAAAUUAAAAAAAACAACAUCAAAAAACAUUAGUGUUCACCAAAAAAAGCAGCAAAUAAAGCAAUGCAUUAUGGGACCCCAACCGAGUUUGGAACCACAGACCUUUGAUCACAAUUUGGUCCCUCUUAUCAACUGAACUAUCAGAUCAGCUUCGAAGUAAGGGGUUACCAUUAGACAAAACAAAAACGAUAGAAGUUAUUACACUAUUUUGUAAUUAGCUUGGUAUGGAUUCAUUUUGAAAACAAAAAACUUAAUGUGUGAGUUUGCUAUUGGAGCUUGGUACAACCAGAUUCUUGUUGAUGUAAAUUAUAACUUAUAAUCUAUAACGUUGUUACUGGUCAGAUUUAUAUUAUUGAUACUUUUGUUAACUGUUCCGUUCAGCUAUUUUGUUGGUCACAUGUGUUAUUAAACGUAGUUCUACUCGCCUCCAAACACAAUAUGUAUAGGUACAAUAUAACUAAACUUGUGUAGGGAUUUUGACUCACUCAAAAUAUAAUUGGUUUGGUGUAAUAUUUGGUGAGUUCCACUGACAGGAUAUAAUAUUUAUCUUGUUUGUUAGAGAUGUAUCAGAUAAGAAGAUACAAGGUAACUCUUGUAGAAUUCCAUGUCACCUUAUAUUCACUCGGUAACACUGACCGGAUACAGAACUAAUUUUGUCAACUCGUGACCUGCCUCGACCAAUUAGAUAAGGAGAUUCUGGGCAGUGGCAUGACAAUAUGGUUAAACAGAACUAGUCAACAUAUCGUAAUUUAGGUAAUUUAUUGUAACAAAUAUUCUGUACAAUUUAUUGCUUACGAUUCUGUACCAUUAUUUGAUUUCACCUACACUGUACCAAGAAUUGGUUUGAAAUACACUUUCCAAUUACAUUGCACCAUUAAUAUACUGGUUACAAUUGCACUCCAAUAUUAAUUGUUACAAAUAAGUUGCACGAUUUAUUACAAUUCUACGAUUUACCGGAAAUUGUUUCAAUUACCAGUACACUAUUCAGCGUUAACUAUAUUUUUGAUAACUAAAUCUACUAACAAUAUAGAGAUUGGUUACAAUAGGUUUAAAAACAAUUUUCUUAAAAUGUUUUACGAUUAUUUGAGUAUCCAGACCUACAAAUGUCAUUUUUCUACUGCACUGACCGUAGUAUCAAGUUUAAUAAAAAAAAACAACACCACCCAUUAACACUCCAUUUGUAACAGACUUCUGUAGUACUACAAUAGUGAAUGUUUCCAUGAUUGAAAACAGACUUCUCAACAAAGUUCUGUCAGAUCUGUGCUUCAAGGUAAAUGGAAAUGAAAUAAUGAAAGAGUGCGUCAAAUUUACUACUUAUUAAAUACAUGUGUUAUAUGUACAUUGAAACUGUUUUAAUUCAGUCUGUUCUCACAAAAUAAAGUAACACUGUUAACAGUUA